GAAAUAGAAGCUAAAGAUCAACUUUAAAAAAUAAUAGUUAAAGGAGUUUUAAAACCUUAUCAGGCAACGUUAGUCCUUCUGUAAUCUUUGUAAUCGCAACCUUGAUCUGGAUUUUACGUAUUCAAAAUUUCGGUCAGUUCGGAAUGAGUUUCCCCAAAUGUGCGUUCGGUAUUUGUGAAUCUGUGCAUCUUUAAAAAUGGUGCUUCAAAUCCAAGCGUAUGCAUACGCAUUCGUGUGCGAAUCAAAAUGUAUUGGCAGAGACCGAAAUAAAGUGCACAUGGCUCGCCGCCGAUUGAUAAAAGAUAAAAAUAAAGAGAUCAGUCUCUCUUUAUGCGGAUCCGGAAUGUUCGCUCGCAUUCGCUUGUAAAUUCUCGAAGGGAACGCGUGCAUUUCGAAGCACCGAUACACCCAAGGUGAUUACAUAAAGCCAGAAAACCGAACCAUGCAGAAGGCCAUCAAGAAGGAGCUCAGCUUCUCGCUGGAUACGCUGGAGCGCUACCGGGCCAAGUACGGGCGCAGUGCGUCGCUGGACACAAACGGGUCUUGUCUUGCUCACACAGAUGGCGAUGCGGCACCUCCUCCGCCGGCUACCACCUCGAUCUUCACAAAGACCUACUCGCCACCAAAGUUGACCAAGUUGCAAGAGCUGCAGCAGAAGAAGGAGGCCUACCUGAGGGCCAAGGAGCACGAGCGGGAAAUGGAGCAACUGCAGCGCACGGAGAGAAGGUCCACAAAUGGCUUGGAAACGCCCAAGCCCAAGACGGGUAGUCCCAAGAGCACCUCUCCGACUCCCAACGCCAGUUCCUCGUCCACCGCUGCUGUGGCCACCAAGUCCUCCAGUCCGGCCGGCUACUCCAACUGGUCCAAUCACCAUGCCACGCUCUGCUCCCAGUCCUGGGUGGCCAUCUCUGAGCUGAUGUACUUCUGCGACAAGUACGAGUUCACCACCCUCAGCACACGGGACUUGAAGACGCACCAGGAGAUCGUGGCCGAGGUGAGGGCUUUGCUGUCCGGAAAGGCGCCCUUUGACCAGCGUACCCGAUUUCCGGGCAACAUUCACGAUCCGGAGAACUUGUGGGUGUGCAUCGGGCGCUGCGCCAGCGUGGAGUACCACCUGCAGCGCAUAGUGAGCAUCUUCCGGAAGCCUCUCAACCAACUGACGCCGGACAAGCAGAGAACGGUGCGUCAGAAUUUCCACUUGGCGGUCAGCGAACUGCGGCUGGACAUAUCGGCGCGGAUCAGCGAGGUGCGGCUGUAUGACCGCCUGGUCUUCGAGCGCGAGUUCCGGCUGGAGUGGCAGGAGGCGGAGGCCUAACGGAUGGAAAGGAUUACAGGAUCAGUGGGUGGACAGUAACGUUUAUUGGCAACUCUUCGCUCUGCGGUGCGCGGUGGAAAAAACGGUUACAAAAAUACACUUGGACGCGGGGGACCGGAGCAUGGAGCAUACGAAUAUGGUACUCGGUAUGCUGCGCGCUCCAUUCAACAUACAUAUAAGAGGUACUCCAUCAACUGAUCAUGAUUAUGAGUUGCCUUAAUCAUUCAAAUUGUAUUUGAUUUCCUAAGAAGACAGUAGCCGUAUCAUAGUCAAUAUCAGUUGUAGAAUACCUGUAUAGUUAACUAUAUAUUUCACAAAUCUAGACCGUGGAUUGCUCCCAUCAAUUGCUCGCGUAACUAAAUCUAAAGGCCGCUGGCGGACAGGCGGUCUCGGGGGAUAUAACUUGAUCCUGUUCGCCGAUCAGGCAAACUUAUUGCUCCGUAAUACGUAAUACAAACAUUUUUAUAUAUGUACACAAUGCUAACGGUAUAAAUAAAGCACUUUUGUGUGGGCCAACGUUGA